ACACACACACACACACACACACACACACACACACACACAGACUGCUCUCUCGGUUUCAUGAUUCUUUUUGCUCCUCUUGUCUACAAUGAGAGCAUAAAACCAGAUGACUUAAAUAUAUCAGGCCUGUAAUCUUCUUCAGUGAUUAAGGUUCCUACAUGACAACUGCAAGUUCUGUAAAACCGGCAUAUUUUUAUAUUCAAUUCUUCAUACUGUAUUGGCAUUUUACGUCAUAUAAUUAUCCAAAAAAGAAGUCCUCAUGUAAAAGGCCAAUGAAUCGCACAGGAUGGCUGCGGUGGAUGCCUGAAAGAGCUGCUGACUGUCAAAUAAUCAAGGAGUCCUGUCUGUGUCAGAGAUUUUAAGUGUCCAGAGAUGCUCAAGAAAGCAGAUCCAGAGGUGUGCGCACCUUAGCAAGAGGAAAGUUCUUCACCGUGUCAAAAGGGUCACACUUGUAGUGAAGCUGUUUCCUCCCUCAAAAAAAACCCACAUCAUUAACUUCCCUCACAUGUCAGAGACCACUAAAUAGCUGGAUUAGGAAACUAUGAAGCUGUGUAUUUUGUUUGCGUUACUCGUUCAUUUCUUCUUGACGGUCCGUAAAAACAACACACUUAACCCAGAAAUCCUUUUUUCCCCCUUCCUAGUUGGCCUGAGAUUUGUGUUUACUGCAGCCUCUCUUUUGAUGUUUCAAUCUGUUCUUAGCUCCAGGCUCUCUCCCUCUCCCUCUCUCUCUCUCCCUCUCUCUCCCUCUCUCUCCCUCUCCCUCUCUCAUGAUUGAUGAUUCAUGUUGCAUCCACCCCUCCAUCUUCAGUCCCCACAGCUGUCGUGAUUCCACCGCUAGGGGGCGUCAGUCCGCCACAUCACCGCCACAUAUCUUCCAAUAUUCCGCCUGCUGGAGGUGAAACAUGGGGCUGUUUAAAUUAAAUGAAUGAAUGGAUGUUUUAGGACCGAAGCAGUGGGUCAAAAUUAUGAUGAAGUAAAACAAAACCCAAUAUAUUUAUUUGUGUUAUUGAAAUGUAUUCACUCGUUUAUUUGACCAUUAUUCACAUGUAGCCUACUUGGCAGAAGGAGCAGAUUUUGUCUCAAGGAGCUCAAUCUGGUAGGAUAUUUAUAGUUAAAUAUAAUCUAUUUAAAAAAAAAAACACAAAACACGGUUGGUAGACAGCUGCACUGCAUGUAAUCCCUCUCCAUGGGUUUUUGUGAUUUAAAAAGGACUAAAAUUAACGUAUUUAUUUAUUGUUUGGCACAUGUUCCAGAAAUAUACUCAACAAAAUGUACAAAUCAGCAAUCGAUAUGAAAGUUUAGAGUUUUAUUUCUAUAUCUUUUAAUUGGCUUAAGAGGGGGAGACACGCUGUAUAUUCCACUCUAAGGGAUAAAGGUUUCCAGUAAGCUUAGUUCAUUUCACUUGGAAAUCUCUGGAGCCUCAUAUGGUGCUCUCCUCGGUAAGCCUCUUAGGAAUCACAGUGCCACAGCAGAUGUAGGGAGAAUGCCAAUCAGGAGCUCCUGCUGAGCGGAGAAACCCGACGGCUGUGCCACUGCGCGCUUCAAAUCUCUGCCACGGUUCUCACGAAACACAGCUAAAUAUCGUCAGAGGCGCUUUAUGAUUAUGCUUUGCAGUUUACACACUUAAAACAGCAGCAGAAACGCGUGAGCUGUCGUGGAGAUGGAGCGCGCAGGCAGUCUCCAACGAUUCUGAACCGACAGAAAACAGAUCCUUGUUUAUCUGAAGGGCAGAGCCAUGCUUCCUCAGGAUGUCGGGAAGCAAAAGCCAUGUCGUGUGUCGGAACCGAUGUGCGGGGUGGACAGUCCCCCGGUCCCAAUUCGGCGCUUAAAGAACCGGGACUUCCCUCUGAACGCGAAGCGCCGGCGGUCCGGCUCCGCACCUGAGCGCAAGGUGAACUGCGUCCUGGUCGGAGACGGAGCGGUGGGCAAGACCAGCCUCAUUGUCAGCUACACCACCAACGGAUACCCGACACAGUAUGUCCCAACGGCGUUUGACAACUUUACCGUGAUGGUUGUGGUCGACGGAAAACCAGUGAGACUGCAGCUCUGUGACAUGGCUGGACAGAAAUGGGGGCUGGUUCAUGGACCAAUCAAUGACGAGCUGGAGCGCCUCCGACCUCUGUGCUACAAGAACGCCGAUGUCUUCCUCCUCUGCUACAGCGUGGUGCGCCCCUGCUCUUUCCGCAGCCUGAUGGAGAAGUGGGUUCCUGAGAUCCGUCAGCACUGUCCCGCCGCGCCCCUGGUCCUCGUCGGCACCCAGCUGGACCUGAGGGAGGACGUCCAGGUGCUGAUUCAGCUGGCGCAGAACCAGGAGCGGCCGGUGGGCACCGAGGAGGGCCGGCAGCUCGCCCACGAGCUCGGGGUGGUGAGCUUUGCAGAGUGCUCUGCGCUGACCCAGAAGAACCUGAAGGACACUUUUGAUUCAGCCAUCUUGGCCUGCAUCCAACAGACAGACAGCUGUGGCGUCCAGCAGCAGAGGCAGACUCUGAGGAAGAAGACGCCCGAUAAGUUCAAGAGCCUCUCGGAGACCUGGUGGAGGAAGAUCAACUGUCUGAUGGGAGAGCAGAGCUGUGACUUGAAGUGAACAGCUGCAUAAUCGCAAACCUGGGUCAGAUCACGUUUGCAAAUACUUAGAUUUGGUUUGUUUCAGCCUGCUAGCAGAAGGUGCCAGAUGGGUGGGGAGGGACAACACAACAAGCUCCAGAAAGAGCUCAGAAAUGCAGGUUUGUGACAAACAAAGUGGCUGUUCAAAUCCCCAGACUGACAGGAAGAGUGUGGGUGGAGAACUCAGAUUUUACACAUCAUUUUCAGUUUACAGAAUACAAAAUGUAUUCUGUGGCUCUGUAGAAGCUUUCGAAAGACUGACAGCUGCUCACUUGCGUAAGACAUUAAAGGCACACUAUGCAAGAUUUGUACCUUAAUAUAACAGCUUCAAAGUCAUUUCGAUGGUAAACAAACUAGUAGUAGGGCGAAUCAUCCCUGGAAAAACCAGCAAUGCAGGUUUGAGAGGUGGCGCCCCGCCAAAUCUCGCGAGAAUCACGACUUGCCUUUACGGCACGACGUCACAUACAUCAACAACAUAUAAGAAGCAGCCUGCCUCUAUGGAAGACACGAGCACGCAUUUCAGACGUGAAUCAUGGCAGAGUCGACGAAGAAAACGAAGAAAGCGCGGUCGGAAGAGUCAAGGAAAAGAAAACGAGAAACUGACAGCGUGAGGAACCGGACAAGAGUCUCACUCGGUCAGGCUUUCACUCGUUGGCGAGAGCUAAAAAGCAGCAAAGGUAACGUUAAAUACAAGUACUCCACAGCGACUCUAUGGGUCGCUGUUUGACAAAGAAGCGGAAACUGCAUAGUAUGCCUUUAAAUGUAUAGCUGAAAGACUUGGUUACAAACUGAGAGUGUGAGCAUUUAGCAGGCAGAGAGGUUCUAAUGAGAGAUUCUACUGAGUUGCAUUUUGGGAAGUGUAGUAUCCACAAAGUUUUACGCCUAACUCAUACUAAAAAGUCCGGAUAUCUCGGCCUCUGGCGCUUUAACAUUUUCUUUUCUUUUUGUCUCUCACAAGUCCCCCAACUCAACAUAAGUACAGUAUGUCAUGUCUAGACUAAACCCAGUGUGUAACGUGUUUAGUUGUUCGUUAUCAAAAUCUGUGUUGCCCGUUCACCAACUCGUCCUUUUUCAUGAAUAUUUAC